CCGGUGGCGGCGGCGGCGGCCGCGGCCCAUGGAGGGCACUGAGGCCGGGGCUGAGGAUGAGUUCUACGAGCGCUUCGCUGAUGAGCUGGAGGUGCUGGCCGAGCUGGGAGAUGAUCCGUCCCCACCCGCCGGCCCCAAAAUCUCCCAGUUCCGGAGCAAGAGGCAGCUGGCCGAGGAGCCCGACCCCCGCGGGGACUCUCCCGGGGACACCAACGCCAAGAAGAGGGACCGGGACUGCGUCCCCCCCGUGUCCCCGCCAGUACCCGAAUCCCGCACCCCGAAGCCCAAGCGGCAGCGCCUGGAAGCUGUUAAGAAGCUCGAUUUUGGUGCAGACGAUGAGUUGGCUCCUGAUAUCUCCUGGGAUGGUGGCCCAGAGGCCCCUGUUCCUCCCCACAAUAGCAGCUCGAACCCCCUGGAGGUGAGCGGGAUGAGUCCCCUGCAGACCACCCCACCCUUGGAAAAGAAGAGGGUGCUCAGGAGACCCCCCAUCCUGGAGGAUUACAUCAAUGUGACAUCCAGCCARGGCACCAGGGUCUUCCUGGUGCUGAGGGAUGAUCUCUCCAGGACAGGGGUGGAGCUCCCGGAUUCCAUGGGCUGGAACACUCGCAGGCCGCUCCACUUGCUGGGGGUGCCUUUCUCCUACCUGAAGGAGCAGGUGGAUGCUGAGCGUCGCAGGCAGGUUCUGGAGGCCUCACAGCAGCUGACAGAGAUCAUAAACAGUUGCCUUGAGAGUGAGCCCAGUGCUGAGAGCCCAGAUGCCAGCAUGGACACAGAUCCAGCCCAGGAGGAAUCCACAUCCCAUUGCCUCUGGGUGGACAAGUUCACACCCCGGCGCUACAUGGAGCUGCUCAGUGACGAUUACACCAACCGCUGCCUCCUGAAGUGGCUCAAGCUGUGGGACACGGUGGUGUUCGGCAAGGACAAGGCUGGGAAGAAGCCUAAGCCUGGCCCUACAGCUCAUCCCCCCUUCAGCCAUCACAAGGAGCAUCCCAACAAAUGGAAAACCAAGGUCCAGCUCACCGAGGAGCUCCUGGAGGCCGAGCUGGACCAGCACAAGAGACCCAAAUACAAGGUGGCCCUGCUGUGUGGCCCCCCCGGGCUGGGCAAGACCACGCUGGCCCAUGUCAUCGCCAGGCACGCGGGGUACAACGCUGUGGAGAUGAACGCCAGUGAUGACCGCAGCCCCGAGGUGUUCCGGACCCGCAUUGAAGCCGCCACCCAGAUGAGGUCGGUGCUGGGCUCCCACGAGAGGCCCAACUGCCUCAUCAUCGACGAGAUCGACGGCGCGCCCGCGGCCUCCAUCAACGUUCUGCUGGGCAUCAUCCAGCGCAAGGACGCCGAGGGCGAGGCGGGCACGGGGCGGCGGCGGCGGCGAGAGGGAGGGAUGCUGCUGCGGCCCAUCAUCUGCAUCUGCAAUGACCAGUGGGGUUUGGGAUCCCCAUCCCUCCAUCCCCUGCUCCCGUUGCAGUUCCUGCACAGCCGAGGGCAGAAGGAGCUCAGUGUGCAGAUGGUGCAGACCAUGAGGGUCGGCCUGAAGGACCAGAACAAGGGGCUCUUCUCCAUCUGGCAGGARAUCUUCCAGCUGCCCAGGGGCCCGAGGCCCAGGGUAGGCACGGACCCCUCGCUGCCAGCCCAGCUCCUGUCAGGGGACGAGGACCUGCCCCACCUGGGGGGCUCAGGCRGCUUCAGCUCCUCCUCACAGCGCUUCCAGCACAUUCUGCAGCUCUCCGUGUCCUCGGGGGAGCAGGACAAGCUGGCCCAGGGCCUGUUUGAGAAUUUCCUGCAGGCCAGGGUGCGGGAUUCCAGCCUGGGCUCCGUGUGCCUGGCCCUGGAGUGGCUGUGCUUCUCAGACCUGCUGGGCCGGGCGGUGCUGCACGGCCAGAGCUUCCAGCUGCUGCGCUACCUGCCCUUCCUGCCCGUGGCCUUCCACCUGCUCUUUGCAGCCAACACAGCCCCCAGGCUGGCCUACCCCAGCAGCCAGCCCGAGGCCCAGGCCAGGCUGACCCACGCACAGAACCUGCUGCUGGCCAUGGUGUCAGGGAUUGCUCCCAGUGCCCGGAGCCGGGUGGGACAGCGGGAGCUGGUGCUGGACGUGCUGUGCCUGCUGCUGGACAUCAUCACCCCCAAACUGCGCCCYGUGAACACGCAGCUCUACAGCCAGAGGGAGAAGCAGCAGCUGGCCCAGCUGGUCAGCACCAUGCUCACCUACAACCUCACCUACCUGCAGGAGCGCCUGCCCGAGGGCCAGUAUGCCUUCAAGCUGGAUCCGAACGUGGAGACCGUGUGCCGCUUCCCGGAGCUGCCGGCACGCAGGCAGCUCAGCUACCAGGCCAAGCAGCUGAUCGCCAGGGAGCUGGAGCUGGAGAGGAUGAGGAGGGCAGAGGCUGUGCUGCAGGCACGGAACGGGGGCCAGGUGGGCAGCCCAGAGGGGAGGCUGGGCUGGGCUGGGCUGGAGGGCUCAGCUUUUUGCAGGAAUUCUGGAGGGAUUUGA